GAAAAAAAGAAAAAAAGUAGUGAGGAGUCCCAGCUACAAGAGUCUGAUGAUGUCUUCCUCCCGCCUGUGGCAGAAGUGUCUUCCCGAGCCAGUAAAGUGCAAGUGGAACAUCCUGGAGAAUUUACAGAAAUUCGGCUCAGUGAUGAAGUAGAGGAUGGAAAAACUAUAAAUGAUGUGUGCGACAUCCCCCAGAGUAAUUUAUCUUCAGCAAAUGAAGGGUCUUUGUCAGUGACUCUAGAGCCUCCCAUAGAUGCAGGAGAGUUCAAAGCUGAUCUUCCCCAUGAGGAAUGUGGGGGGGAUGUUGAGAAGAGUGGAAAAAGCAAGUCGGACAAACCUGACUGCCCUGUGGAGGCGGUUGCUAGCGGAUCAGGAAACUCUGAUUUAUUGAGCAGUACCUCUCAUUCCAGUGCUGCUGGCUCUCAGACAGCAGUGGCCUUUGUACGGGACAAAGGAACUGAAAACGUACAAGAUGUUAAAAAUCCUCUUGUCCAUUCUUCAGAGAAGUUUCCUCUUAGUGUGUCACAGCUCUCUGAGAAAUCCAAAACACGUAUUCAGCAUUCGGGAUUGAAACCAGUUUAUCCAGACUUGUCAGCUGAAUUGUCCUAUGAGAGACCCACCGUAAUAGCAGUUAAACCGCUGUUGCACAAUGAAAGGCUGUAUCCAGAGCUCCCAACCGAACCAGAACUGGUGCCAUUUACUAGAGAACAGCUGAAAAUUUUUGAGCCGUGUUCAUGGUUGGAGAAUGUUGACUCCUAUGCAGAGGAAUUUGAAAGUGUUGCUCAUCAGGACAGGCACGAAUUUUAUGAACUGCUCCUGAACUACAUGCGCUGCAGGAAGCGGCUGUUGCUGGCUGAGGCAGAGCUGCAGGCUAUGACGACAGACUGCCAAAAUAUUAAGGGGAGAUUAUGGACUUUUAAAGAAGAACAGAAAACUGUGCAGGGUGUCUGUGCCGAUCAGUGCAAAGUGACAGGUCAUCAUCGCUACCAGACAGUGGAGCUGAAUGAAAGUGUGUUGGGGGAACUGAAAAAGCUGUUUGAAGCCAAAGCAGAGCAUGUGCAUCAGACACUGGCGCUGCACUCGUACACUUCGGUGUUGUCCCGGUUGCAAGUGGAGUCAUAUGUCUACAGGUUGCUCAGCAGCUCCUCCCUGCUGAGAUCAGUGGCUCUUCAGCAGCAAGAACAAGUUUCAAAGCAGUCAGAAAAUCUUUCUUCAGACUUGGGCCACUUGAAGGAAUGUAUCAGUGUCCUUUUCAGUUUCACUCGCAGAGUUAUCGAAGAUCCUCAGUUUCAGAGUGACCUUCUCAUGUGGCUGCAGAGACUGGUGUCGGUGUUGCAGAGAAUUGGCUGUCCAGGUGACCAUCUCUUCCUCUUCAACCACAUCCUUCGGUGUCCAGCUGGGAUCAGCGAAUGGGCUGUUCCGUUCAUUCAGAUCAAGGUCUUGGGUAACCCAUCAGGUGUCUUUCAUUUCAUGCAGUCUCUUGCCUUGCUUAUGUCUCCUGUCAAGAAUCGGGUGGACUUCAUGUGCCAUAUGAAACCAAGUGAAAGGAAAAGUUCCUCUUCAUCUGGGAAAGAAUCUGGAAACUGGACCCUGGUAGAUGAAGGAGGAGAAGAGGAUGAGGAUCCUGAAACAAGCUGGAUUCUGCUUUUGGAAGAUGACUUGAUUUCCUUGUUGUCACAGUUUCCAUUUCGUGAACUCUUUCAGCAGUUCCUUGGGUUUAAGUCUGGAGGUGCUUAUUUUCCUGAAAAAACAACUCCCCAGGAGAUGAUGAAGAUUUUUGCUUUUGCAAACUCCUUAGUGGAACUUCUCUCUGCGGGGUUAGAAACAUUUAACAGAGCACGGUACCGACAGUUUGUGAAACGAAUUGGUCGGCUGAUCAAGAUGACACUUUGUCAUGUGAGUGACCACUGGGCCCAAUACGUUAGCAGCAAUAAACAAUAUGGAUCAGUAGCGCAUCCCUACUCUGUGGAAAAAUUGCAACUGGAGUUUGAUGAGCUGUUUUUUAGAACUGUCCUACAUGUUCUGAAGGCAAAAAGGUUGGGAGUCUGGUUGUUCAUGUCCGAGAUGCCUUAUGGAACGUUAUCCAGCAACAUGCUUUGGAGGCUCUUCUUUGUCAUGCACUGUGCGGAGAGCGAGCACCUGGAAAAGCUCUGCUCUACUCUGCAACCUGCUGACUGCAAACAAAGACUCAAAGACCCAGAGCACCUUGAAAAUUUUGAAAAAUAUCUCAAAUCAAUGAACUGCUCGGAAGAAAUUUGUCUGCUCACCACGUUUGCUCAGAUGGCACAAACCAAACGGGCUGAUGUUGAUGAGGAUUUUAUCAAAAUCAUUGUUCUGGAGAUAUAUGAGGUGUCUUAUGUUAGUCUUUCCACAAGAGAGACAUUUUCAAAAGUUGGUCGAGAACUCUUGGGAGCAAUUGCCAGCAUCCAUACACAGAUUAUUUCUGUACUGCUGGAUCGAGUUAGAGAGACCAUCGAGAAAGUUGGGAUGGUUUCUUUAUAUCUGUUUAAAGAACUGCCGUUGUACCUGUGGAAGCCUUCUUCGUCUGAGAUAGCACUGAUUCGUGACUGGUUAUUAAAUUACAGUCUAACGACAGUGGAGAAUAAACUAGCCUGCAUUAUCUUGGAAGGGCUAAACUGGGGAUUCGGUGAGCAUCAGGAUGCUCUUCAACUGGAUCCAGCUGUGCAUUCUGAAGUUGCAUUGAUGGUCCUGGAAGCAUAUCAGAAAUAUCUCUCCCAGAAACCAUAUGCUGGGCUGCUUUCUGAAAGCAUAAAACAGGUCUCCUACUUAGCCAGCAUUGUUCGUUACGGAGAAACACCAGAGACUUCCUUUAAUCAGUGGGCAUGGAGUUUGAUUUUGAGGUUAAAGCUGCACAGAAAUGACCGUGGCAUGCAGCACGGCUGGCCCGCAGUCCCUGUGUCUAACAGCGUGCUCGACAUGACGGAGUCGGUCACGCUUCACCCCCUCCUGAAGGCUGUUAAAGCAGGCAUCCCUGUCGGCUGUUACCUGGCACUGGCAAUGACCACGCUAGGUCACAGCAUUGAGAAGUUCUGCGCUGAAGGGAUCCCUCUUUUGGGUGUACUCGUCCAGUCUAGAUAUCUGAGAACAGUAGUCCAUGUGCUGGAUAAAAUUUUACCCUUAUUUUACUCUUGCCAGUAUUAUCUCUUGAAGAAUGAACAGUUUUUAUCUUACAUCCAACUGUUCCUUCAUCUGGAUAGUGGAGUCCCUCAAGGCGUGACCCAGCAGGUUACCCAUAAAGUAACACAGCACUUGACAGGAGUGAGCUAUGGAGAAAAUGUUAAGCUGCUCAGUAGUAUGAUACAGACUCACAUUUUUCUAAGUGACCAGCCACAUGGAGUGGGGCCGGCUGCGGUACUGGAGUUCUGGGUUCAGGUCCUCACCAGCCAGCAGCUGUGGCACAGGGACCGGGCAACACUCUUCUUGCUGGAUGACUUAUGUAAAGCUGCUUUUCAGUACAGUCAGGAGGACUGUGUACAAAAGCUGCUUUACCAACAACACAAGAACGCUUUGGGCUAUCAUUGUGACAAAGGUCUGCUGUCUUCGCUUGUUAGCUGGAUUGUGGCAGGCAAUGUGACACCUUCCUUUGUUGAGGGCAAUGCCAAUUCCUCUCAGGUCUGGUUUUCAUGGAUGGUGUUAAAUAUGGAGUCAAUAUUUGAAGAAGAUUCACAGCUUCGCAGAGUUGUGGAGGGGGAGUUGGUUAUUAAUGCUUUAACUCCUGAUCAAGCUUUGAAGAAAGCACAGACCCAGCUGAAGCUGCCCAUCAUACCUUCCCUUCAGAGGCUCAUGAUUUACCGCUGGGCUCACCAGGCCCUUGCUACCCCUGCCGAUCACCCUCUCAUGCCGCUAAUCUGGCAGAAAUUCUUCCUCCUUUACCUUCACCGACCAGGACCACAAUAUGGAUUACCUGUAGAUGGCUGUAUCGGAAGACGUUUUUUCCAGAGUGCGGCUCAUAUUAACUUACUGAAUGAAAUGAAGCAGCGCUUAAUAGAGGUAGCAGACUUCCACCAUGCUGCCAGUAAAGCACUAAGAGUGGAGAGUCCCGCAGAGGGCAGUGACAGAUCACCAGAGAAGGCGAGCUGCUCAUCAGAUUACCUGACUUCACCAGAACUGCAUAAGGAACUUGUCAGGCUUUGUAAUGUUUUUGUUUUGUGGUUGGAAGAAGAGAGUUUCCAGAAAGGAGACACAUACAUUCCUUCUUUACCGAAGCAGUAUGAUGCACAUAGACUUGCCAAAGUCAUGCAGAAUCAACAGGAUUUGUGGAUGGAGUAUGUCAAUGUUGAACUCAUACACCAUGAGUUUCAGGAAGCUCUAAACCUUUGGCUGCCGGUUCAGCUUGAAUCACAUACAACCUGUGUUUCUGCAGGGCAAAGAGAUUUCACCAGCCCUUUAUCAGCCAAAGAGAGGAUAAUGAAUAAUUUGAAGAAGUUUGAUACUCCCAGGCCCCUUCUUCCGCUCCAGACGAUGAAAGCUCCUGUGCCAGUUAUUUCCUCGGCCAGUCUAGUAAGUCAGAAAGAAGCAAUUCAGCUCAUGCGCAUGGACCUUAACGUCUUGCAGCGACAUGCCAAAACUGCAGCUCUCUGGGAAUCUCAGCAUGUUGCUCUCAAUAGUGAGAUAUUGGACACAGUACCUAAGCUCUACGUCAAUCGGGAAGAGCAGAUCACCCUCCAUUUGGAGUGCCGGGGAACUUCAAAUAAAGGGUGCCAGGGAGCAGCUCUUCUAACAAUCCAGUUUGAAGGGAAACAUAAAAAUGAAGCAGUGAGCCAGCAGCUUCAUGCUUUGCGUAAAGAAGUGAGACAACUGCAGGCAGAAGCUACGAAGCCACCUUCUCUGGGUGUUGUGGAAGCAGCAGUACAUGUGGAAAAUUUUAUAACGGCCUUAAUAAAUAUCUACAAGGUGCAGCCUAUGCCUGCAAUUAAGAAAGUCGGAAUUAGUUUGUUUUUUACAUUAGUGGAAUAUGUGUGCGAUGAAACUCAACGCAAUCCUCCCACAAGACAGUUCUUCACGUCCUGCAUUGAGAUUCUAGGCCAAGUGUUUGUCAGUGGGACCAAGUCAGAGUGCAAGCGUCUCCUCCAGACGAUCCUGCAGAAUCGAAGGCUCUGUACUCUUCUUUCUCCUUACUUCACUCCUGUUGCCUCUCCCAAUGAAUUUGUGACCUUAUACGAAAAAGUCGUGGCCUUUCUGAGUGAGGAUAACAGUGAUGUUGUCUUCAUGCUGCUGACAAAGUUUGACCUUAAACAAUGGUUAAGCGUUGCUAAGCCACCUCUGUCUGAACGUACCAAGCUUCUGGACUCUAUUCACUUGGCUCUCAAUGCAUGUGGCCUUGAACCUGAAGAAGAUAUUUUGAUGCCAUUUAAUAUCUUCUGCAAGCAUUGGACUAACCUUCUCCAGUAUCAGUUCCCUGAUCACUAUAGUGAUUUCCUAAGAUUGUUCGUGCAAAGCUCAUCAGAGCAGCUUCUAAGCCCUGACUGUUGGAAGGCAUCCCUUAAAGCUUUGGGAUGUGGUUCACCAGUGACUGAACAGGGAAGCUUCAAGAAAAGUGAUUCUACUGAAAGUCCUGUAUUGCAGGAUGCUGCAAAAAUUCUCCUCUCUGCAGAACAGGUUAGAGAGACAAUAGAAUGGCUUUCCACAUCUUUCUGCAAACUCCGACUGGCUUCGACGGACUUCAGGACUUUUGGUCUGUUUUCAAAAUGGAGUCCUUAUGUAGCUGAAGUGAAUAAAUUUCUGGAGUAUCUUACUAAACGACUUAUUGACACCGAAGUUGCCAAUUUAGCCCAGGAGCCUGUUGGCAGUAGCAGAAUUCUAGCAGCAUUGCAGUCGUUGUAUUCAGUCAUUGCUGGACUCUUUAAACCAUGGAUACUGGUCUUGGAUAAGGAAGAUGCAAGUAACCAGCCCUGCUACCCUUGGUUAGAGAGCGACACUCCUGUAGCAUCCACCGUGGUCUGUUUGUUUACAGAUUGCAUCAAGCUUUUGCACGAGAGCUUUAAAGAUAAGCUGUUGCCAAGCCACCAUGGGGCUCUCUGGUUACAUCUGAUGCAUUACUGUGAAUGUUGCACAGCCCCCAAAAUGCCUGAGUUUAUUCUCUAUACUUUCCAUAAUGAGUUCAGAAGGCUUCCAUGGAAGGAAAUGCAUCCAGACCAGAUGCUUAUGGAAGAGUUCUUUAAAAUUGAAAGAGGCAGCCCCAAGAGUUGUUUCUUAUUCUUGGGUUACGUUUUAUGUGAAAUCAACUGGGUCAGUGUCCUCUCUGAUGCCUGGAAUCCCAACCCUCAUCCUCAGACUCACAACAUGAUUGUCUGUUUGCUGUAUAUGAUGGUCCUGUUGGCAAAGGAGGAACAACUUACAGGCAAAGAGGAAUCGCCACUCAUAAAUCUGCUUGGACAGACCAGCUCCCUUCCUUGGCAGCUUGUGGGCAUUUCAUCUUAUCAGAGCAUCAUCAGCUACUGCAACAGUCACUACCCUCCUUCUGUUAUACUUGCUAAGGAUGCUGCAGCUGAACUGAUAGUGAAGCUUCUGAAAAUCUCAGCAGGCUUUGGUGCCUCUUCAGAUAGUCACAUCCACCUUGAUGCAACACUGAAGUGCCGAGCAUACAUUCGCCAGGUGGUUCAAUUUCUUAGCACCUUGGAACAAAGCGGAAAGAUUACUCUUGCAGUUUUGGAACAAGAAAUGUCCAAGUUGCUAGAUGAUGUAGUCAUCUUUAAUCCUCCAGAUAUGGACCUGCAAACACGUCAUAUGGCCCUCAGCAGUCUCUUUACAGAAACGCUGAUGAUGAUGAACAAUUCUAGCGUUACAACAGCUGAGUCGCUACGGGGGAGCUUACGAAAGUGGAUCGAUGGCAAAGUGCACGGGUUGCUAGCAAUGCCCCUUCUCACGGCAGCGUGUCAGAGCCUGGCCUCUGUGCGACACAUGGCAGAGACGACAGAAGCCUGUAUCACUGCUUACUUCAAUGAAGAUUGUCCUCACCACCCGGAUUUAGGCUGGGGCCCUGUACUCGCUUCCCUCCAAGUUCCUGAGCUAACCAUGGAAGAAUUCCUGCAGGAGUGUCUGUCUUUAGGAAGCUACUUGACCCUGUAUGUCUACCUGCGGCAAUGCCUAAACACUGACCAAACUCUUACCAAUGAAAUGAAGAUCCUGCUAACCAUCAGGAAAUGGCUGGAGCAAGUGUACCCAAGCUCAGCAAAGGAAGAGGCAAAGCUCUUUCUUUGGUGGCAUAAAGCCAUGCAGUUAUCCUUGAUUCAGAUGGAGCAAGAUGACACCAUUCUGAUCGAAUCUGUUGUUCGGACGCUGCUGUCAAUCCAAGGCAGGCAGAGUCAGCUGGCUGAGGAGAGACUGGCUUCUGGAAUACUUGGUGCUAUUGGGCUAGGCAGGAGAUCUCCUUUGUCACCCAGGUUUCGGGUGGUUGCCCGCAGUUUGUCUGCCUUCCUCUUGGUGCAGAUUCCUGCAGAGAGUCAAGUCCGCCUGAAAGCGGGGUCAGAGCCAAAGCUGUCGCAGAAGGCUCAGCAGGCACUGAAUGCUCUUGAAUCUAUGGCAUCAAACAAACAAUAUAUGGAUUAUCAAGAGCAGCUUUCCCAGGCUUCUGAGUUCAUCAAGCAUCCAGAACAUUGUCUUCGAGAUGGCAAUAAUCUCUUGGCUCUCCUUAUUAACACUCUGUACCCAGAAGUGCAUUAUUUGGACAGCAUACGGUAGCAGCACUAA